AUGAGACACGACUGCCUGGUUAAAAGAAUCACAGGUGGUCUUCGUGAGAAGAGGUUCGAAGUGGAAACGGAGCAUCUGUACAAGUUACAUGGCGGAAAUAUGAAGCCGGACAUCGUCGCGACGAUAAGCGACGAGACAAGAGGCCGUAUCUCCGUUAUAUGUGAUGUACAAGUCGUUUCAGGCUCCGAUCCGGUCACUUGGCACUCUAAUAAAAUCGAUAAGUAUAACGAUCGAGCGGAUCUAAAAACCGCGAUCCGCACCCGACACCUAUCGACCGAAGUACAAACGGUUGAUACCAUCACCCACCAGCUGGACGAGAUACUUAUUAGUAACAACCGUCUGGGCAGGGCCAGUUACAAAGUCCUUGGCAAGUUCGAAGAACAGCGCGACGAACUCCGUUCGCUCCAUAGCCACAUCAAUGACCUCCACUGCGACUUGGGGGCGCAGAGGGAAAAAAUCACCCAGUGUUUAAACGAGAAAGAAAACGUCAUGGCUGAACUCGCAGCCCUCCACACGAUCGGUAUUUCUGUCCCGGAGUCGUCGGCCAUGCCGCCUAGGCUUAUACCUCCACCCGUUGAGUAUGUCGACGUGGACGAGGAUUGCAUCAUGGUAGUCAGCCCAUCUGGUGCUUCUUACGCUGCUACUGCCGCUGUUAAAAAUAUAGCGCGCAAGAAUAGAAAGAAACGGGAAGAAUUCCCACAGCUCGAAACACCGAAAACUCGGAUUCCGUUUGGGAGCGCAGCACCCAUAAAGAGCAGACUGGGCACGAGAAAGACUUCCAACAGCGGUAAGCAAAAGGCAGUGGUAGCUAGGCAAAUGAACAUUGCCAGAACCGCCAGGGUUUGUCCUAGAUUUGAGGUCAAUACGGACUCAGAUGGUUGGAUAGAGCCCCGAAAAUCGGUGGAACAGAAACUUCCUAACCCCAAGGUUAGAACGGUGAGAACCAAGAACGGUGGCUUGGUACUAUUCCCCGAGGACGCCGACACCGCAGCUGCUCUACGCCGCACCGGUAACCUUGUCGAAAGGGCUCCACGUCUGCCGAGGGUAAUUAUAAAGUACGUUGAUAGACUUCUCGACAAAGAAGAGAUCCCUUGGGCCUUGGGUAAAAACCCUGCACUCGGAAUAAGUGAUCUUGAGCAAGAAAGAAUAAGACCGCUGUUCAUGCUUGGUCCCCGUGCCGGCCACACAGUACACUGGGUUAUAGAGGUCACCCCAGAUACUCUGAAAAAGAUCGAGGGCAAAUCUGCGUACUUGGGGAUGACUAAGUGUAAAAUGAAACUUUAUGACACAGUCACGCAGUGCUACAACUGCCAAGGAUUUGGCCACACCGCCCAAAAAUGCAGGGAAGAUAAACCCAGGUGCAAACAAUGCUCCGAACGUCAUGACUCUAGGUCAUGCACGGCGCAAACUACAAAAGUGCCCCAAUUGUCGCAGUGUGAAGCAUAA